AUGGGUUAUGUGAAGUUGCUUGACUCUUAUGGGCCCUUCAACAGAAGGUAUUAUGAGGAAUUGGGAGCAGUUCCAAAAGAGCUGAUGCCAUCUACUGAAAAGCCUCCAGAACUUGAAUUGAAGGUGCUUCCUAGUCACUUGAGGUAUGCGUUUUCGGGUAAAGAUAAAAAGCUUCCAGUUAUUUUGUCAGCUUCUCUUUCUGAUGUGGAAACUGAUAGACUUCUGAGGGUACUUCGAGCUCACAACAAGGCCAUCGCUUGGACACUAGGUGAUGUCAAGGGAAUCAGUCCUUCAACAGUGAUGCACCAAAUUCUAAUGGAAGACAAUGCCAAACCGACAAUCGACGCUCAACGAAGACUCAAUCCACCCAUGAAGGAAGUUGUCAGAAAAGAAGUAGUCAAGUGGUUGGAUGCUGGAGUUGCUUAUCCUAUUUCAGAUAGUAAGUGGGUUAGCCUGGUGCAAGUGGUUCCAAAGAAAGGUGGAAUGACUGUGAUCAAGAAUGAAAAGAAUGAGUUGAUUCCUACAAGAACAGUCACUGACAGAUUGGCGGGGCAAGAAUAUUACUGCUUUCUUGAUGGCUAUUCUGGAUACCACCAGAUAGCUAUAGCACCUAAAGAUCAGGAGAAGACUACUUUCACAUGUCCCUACGGUACCUUUGCCUUCAGAAGAAUGCCAUUCGAAGGAAUUGUUCUUCGGCAUAAAAUUUCAAAGGCAGGAAUUGAGGUGGAUAAGGCUAAAGUUUCAACAAUAGAGAAUUUGCCACCUCCAGUUUCUGUAAAAGGAGUGAGGAGUUUCCUAGGACAUGCUGGCUUCUACCGAAGAUUUAUCAAGGACUUCUCCAAGAUCUCAAAAUCUUUGUCCAGCUUACUUGUCAAUGGUGUUCCAUUUGAGUUUGGAGAAGAUUGCUUAAAGGCGUUUAAAGUACUAAAGGAGAGAUUGAUUUCAGCACCGAUAGUCACUUCAUCAAAUUGGGAGUUGCCUUUUGAGUUGAUGCGCGACGCAAGUGAUUAUGCAAUUGGAGCGGUCUUGGGUCAAAGAGUUGACAGUGUGUUUCACACAAUCUACUAUGCUAGUAGAACUCUGAAUGAUGCUCAAUUAAAUUAUGCCACUACAGAAAAAGAAAUGCUAGCAAUUGUGUUUGCUUGUGAUAAAUUUCGACCCUACCUGAUUGGGAAUAAGUAUAUUCUAUUGGCUGUCGACUAUGUGUCUAAAUGGGUCGAAGCUGCAGCUACACCACAGAAUGAUGGUAAGACAGUUCUUCGCUUUCUACAAAAGAACAUCUUUACUCGGUUUGGUACUCCUCGAGCAAUAGCUUGUCAUCUACCGGUGGAGUUAGAGCAUAAAGCUUUUUGGGCCAUGAAGACUCUUAACAUGGAACUAAAAGCAGCAGGGGAGAAAAGACUGCUACAGUUGAAUGAGCUAGAGGAGUUUCGAAAUGAAGCCUAUGAGAACGCAAAAAUCUACAAGGAGAGAACUAAGAAGUGGCAUGACCAAGGUCUAGUAAGAAAGGAGUUUCAACCUGGGCAGCAAGUGUUACUCUUUAAUUCAAGGUUGAAACUGUUUCCUGGAAAGUUGAAGUCAAGGUGGUUAGGACCAUUUACAGUGGUCAAGGUGUUUCCUUAUGGAGCGGUGGAGCUAAAAGAUUAG